UUCUUCUUGAAGAAUUGGCGUAAAGACCAAGAAGAACAGUUCUUGCUUAUCUUUUUGUAUUUCAUGAAUUUUCCACACGCUUUGUAAAUCUUACUUUUCUAUUUAAAGCUGCUUAAAUCUGCUUAUUUUUUCUUCAGAAUUUCUCAAAAUCUUGGAAAACUCAUUGAAUAUGGAUAUUACUUACCGGCCUUACGUUGAUCCUGAUUUAGAAGUACUUCUUGAAAGAAUACAUCCACCAAGGGUUUGUAUUGACAAUGACACCUAUAGAGACUGCACUCUUGUCAAGGUUGAUAGUGCAAAUAAGCAGGGGAUGCUGCUAGAAAUUGUCCAAGUUCUGACGGAUCUUGACCUUGUGAUUUCCAAAUCAUACAUCUCCUCAGAUGGUGGUUGGUUAAUGGAUGUAUUCCACGUAACUGACCAACUGGGGAACAAAAUUACUGACGAAGGCCUCAUUCGGUACAUACAAGAGGAAAUAUGCACGAGUAGGGGCGGUAAGGGGGAAAAUAGAUCGAUUAUUGCCGAAGAAGAGACGAGGCCAACACUAAUGUCAAUUGAAAACACAGCCGUAGAGAUGACAGGGAUGGAUCGACCAGGUUUAAUGUCGGAGAUGUCGGCUGUUUUAGCUGAGUUGGGCUGUCGCGUUUCUGCUGCCACGGCGUGGACUCAUAAGAGCAGAGCAGCAUGCAUUAUCUACUUGGAGGAUGAGUCUAAUGGUGAGCCAAUCACAGACCCAUGUCGUGUGGCCCAGGUUCGGGCCCAGUUGGAAAAUGUGGUUGAAGCCCACCACUAUGACAACGAGAGACGAAGUGUAAGGCUGACGGGCCCAGCUGUGGGCCAAACCCACACGGAAAGGCGGCUGCACCAGUUGAUGGCAGCCGAUAGAGACUAUGAGAUGUGUAGUUCUUGUUGUGACAAUGACAGUGACAACGAUGACGACGAUGUAUACGGGAAUGGAAGGCAUUACAAGAAGCAGAAAAAGGAAUGUUAUGGCACACAUGUGAAAAUAGAGAAAUGUAAGGAUACGGGCUACUCGACCGUUACCGUGAGGAGUCGAGAUCGACCCAAGUUAUUGUUCGACACUGUUUGUACUCUGACCGACAUGCAAUACGUAGUAUUCCAUGCAGCCAUUAGCUCCAAGGAAUCUAUAGCUGUUCAGGAAUACUACAUAAAGCACAAAAGUGGACGCCCUUUGGAUUCAGAAGAUGAGAAGCAGUUGGUUACCCAGUGUUUGAUAGCAGCUACGGAAAGGAGAAUUUCUCAUGGGUUAAGACUAGAUAUUUGCACAGAAAAUAGGAUAGGACUAUUAUCUGAUAUCACACGAGUAGUACGAGAAAAUGGAUUAUCUAUAACAAGGGCUGAGAUCGGUACUCGGGGUGAGAGAGCAGUUGGCACAUUCUAUGUAAAAGAUACUUCGGGAGAAAAUGCUGAUCCAGAAACACUUGAAAAGGUGAGACGAGAAAUCGGAAGUGCUGUUGUAGUGGUAAACAAAUCUUCGAGCUCCCCUUCGCGAGCAACAUCCAGAACAUGUAAAAGCAACAGCAGCGAAGUACAAGAAAGGUCGAGGUUUUCCCUGGGAAGCCUGUUGUGGUCGCACCUAGAGGGAAUUUUGAGCAAUUUCAGACCCAUAAAAUCCUGAAGUUUUAUAGAUGGAAUAAGGGCUGCAUUUACCUGUAAAUACCGAUUAGCACAUGUGAACUAGUUUCUCAUUCAUCUGUAAAUAAUAAGAGCCAGCAGCAGCCCCUACAGGAAAUGAGAGUUUAAAUAAAACAAUAAAACAAUGCAUGUGUCUAUCUGCUUUGUUUUCCCUUCAAGAAAAAGCAGUACCAGAGUCCCAAAAAUUCUCUUUUUUGGGCAAAGAUUUAUUCUU